UCAAUACGUUCGCCUUUCCGAAGAAGAAGCAGAAGGAAAAAGAUAACAAAAAUAUAUAUGGCGUACAGAAAAUUGUUUAAUCAUUCAAUAGUGUAGCAUUAAAAUGAUCCAUUCAAGUGUUCUUUGGCUUCUAUUUACUUUCCAAAUUGUGCACGCCGUUCACGAUUACAAAAAGUGCAACAUUUCGUCAUGGAUAAAUGGUUGCCCAGCUAGUACAAAAUGUUCCCAAAUAGCCGAAUCAAAUUCAUCAUCAUAUGCCGGCGAAUGUCAUUGCAUUGGUGACAAUUACGAAUUUAACAAAAAUUAUAAGAGCGACAGUGAUUAUUGUCUGUUUGUUGACAAUCGAGUGAUGGCCAGUAAGAGUUCAUCGACCCACUCGGAUCAGGAUGCUGCUAAUAAACCAGUCAGUUCGCAUCACAUCCUUGGCGGAAUAUUCAUAUCGAUAUGUUUAGUAGUUGCAUUCACGUUGAUAGUUAUUGGCGUUAAGAAAUUGCAAAUCAAGCAACGAAUUAGAAAUUUGCGAAUGACACAACGUAAUCGGCCGUUGUAUGAGGACGUGAUGAUGGGCAAUGACACGGAUGAUCCACCUUUGAUAUAGAAGAGUCGGGCGAUGGUGAAGAUUUUUGCGAAUGGAAAUGGAAUUGGUAACGAUGGAAGAGAGGGCCGGAAAGUCGGGUGAGAUGUAUAUUAUACGCAGACCACAUCACAUUAUUGUUUAGUUUUAAGAGGAGAAAAAAUGUCUCGGAAUUAGUUAUGUAAAUAUUUUGUUUGUUUCUGUACACUGUAUGACUGUAUGACUACUGACUCAUCGAGUCGUCGACUAUGUAUAAAUUUAAAUUUCUGUUUAGUAUCAGAGCAGACGCAAUCAUCGAUGUUUACUCAGAUAUAAAUCGUAAAAAUUUGUGUAUCGUGAAAACAUUCGAACAUUUAAAUAAAAAAAGUGAAUCAAACCGAA